AGCGCGCGCGCGUGCUCCCGCCGGUCACGUGGUGCCCGUGGCCGGCUGGGAGCGAGGCUGGGGGCCCGCGCGCACUCAACAAGUGGGGGCGGCACGCGCGAGUGCGGCGUCGGCAGCAGCGCGGUCCGGGUCUCGCCACAAGCGUCCAGCAGUGUCGCGGGCCGCGCGGGCCGCUCGGCCCCGACAUGUACGGCAUGGUGUCCUCGCAGUCGGGCGGCAAGGGCCGCUCGAUGCGCAGACACCAGCUCUCCAGGCAACGCACCUCGCACUCCCUCGGAGGCGCGCCCUCGGGGGGAAGUCCCCGGGCCACGCCGGGAUGCAGCGGCGCCGGACAGCAGACGGCGUCGCCCGCGCGUUCCCUGUCGCACCGGGGCGGACAACACAACGUGUACGGUCGGCUUGUCGGCUUCUUGAAGCACACUUGGACGGGAUUCACCAUGGCCGUAGACAGCGAGAUUGAUGAAUUAGAAGGUCCGACUGUGCACUACAAGCCAGAAGCAAUUGAAACGCUGUGUCAGCUCACUAAAUUCAAUAAACGAGAACUGCAGCUUAUGUACAGAGGCUUUAAGCAGGAAUGCCCAUCUGGGAUGGUUAAAGAGGAGACGUUCAAGAUAAUCUACUCACAGUUCUUCCCAAGAGGUGCAGAUGCUAGUCAGUAUGCUCAUUUCGUCUUCAAUACCUUUGACCAGGACCACACUGGGGCAAUAACAUUCACGGACUUUGUUAUUGGACUGUCCGUGCUUUCCCGGGGUUCGCUCCAAGAGAAACUCCGGUGGACAUUCAACCUCUACGACAUCAAUGGCGAUGGCUACAUCACCAAAGAUGAGCUUGCUCGGAUUGUUAAGGCUGUUUACGACCUCAUGGGAAAGGCUGUGGAACCCAUGGUGGAAGAAAACACAACAAGGGAACACGUUGAAAGGGUGUUUCAGAAGCUCGACCUCAAUAAAGAUGGCGUUGUCACAAUUGAUGAAUUUAUGGAUUCUUGUACAAAGGAUGAGAACAUUUCAAAGUCCAUGUCCGUAUUGGACACUAUUCUGUGAUGCUGCAAAUGUGUAAAAAUAUGGGCAGCUGAAUUCUUUGUUCAACGGCGAGUGAAAGCUGCACACGAGAGCGGACGCUAUAGGCGGUCAGCAAGUACAGCCCUUUCCCUGGUGGCCCUGCUCAUCGGUGCCCGGUCUCAAGCCAGCACUCCAUCAUGACAGCAACAGCAUCAGUGACCCGCGACUCGUACCUCCUCAAGUGCCAAGUUACCAUUGUGGGUCUUUGCAGCAGGUUGCUGUGUGCCCGGGGACAAGCUGAGGCUGGCCAGUACUUGCUGCCGUACGUCCGAAGCGUGUGGGACUGUGUGCGCCAUUCUAAGUUUUAAUAUUGCCAGGGUAUUGGCGGCCGAAUUUUGGAACUGUGAAUAAACAUGCCAAACAGGCAGGUAUAUAGCCAGCCUUGCUUGGUGGGGCAAAAUUCUUCCUCAGCAAAAGUUAUCUGUACAUCUUGAUCGGUCAACUGUUGCUGUUUGCCAUUAUCUUGUUGCUUUUCUUUGUUGUCGUAUUAUUGAUUGCUUAUUGAAAUUGUCUUCUGAGUUGUGCAUGCCUCUAUGCUUUCUCUUGGCUUGGUUAGAUUAGAAAUUUUCAUGCAAAUGAUAUGUUAUUCUUUGGUACCAGGCCACACUGCUCACAGAAAUCAUGUAAUGAAUACUGGUGGCUGGUAUAUUUCUUGUAGUAACUAUGUAGCAGAGUUAACAUCAUUUGGGCUAUGAAAUUCUGUAGGAAGAAAGGAUCCACCCCUGGGUAAAGAAGGUAGCAAGUCCUUGUACCUGAUUCAUUGCACAUUCUACAGUCACCUGCUGCUUGUGCUUCUAUACCAUUUUCUUUUCGGCUGGCAAACAGGUAUCAGCUUACAGCAAAGCAUCACUGUCAGAUAACACAAGCAUCAGGUGUAGCUAAGCCUCACAUUUGUAGGGGACCCAUUAAUAGGGAUUGCUAUGUUCUUCCAUGCUUAAUUAAAAAUAAUUGUCACUGGCAGCUCUUUUAAUGAAUAGCAAAAUUUAUUGUAACCAGACUAAUUAACACAAGUUUAAGCACCCCUCUUUUCCAAGUUGUGAACCCUCAAACUAGGGGAGGAUGCCAAGAACUGAAACGUACACACUCAUGUUCAACAAUUUACCUUUCUUCUCUAAUAAUUUUUUUGAAAGAGGAGGUGUAGGGGGUGCUUAAAAUCAGUGUGAACUUAAAUUCGUGUUCAUGCAGUAUUUUUAUUUUAUUCAGAUACAUUCCAUGCAUUUUACAUAUUGGAAUUGCAUUGACUCUGCCCAUGUUCUAUCAAGGCAGUUGUUCUAAUACAGUAAAUGCCAGCUGUAUUUUUUCUUGUAGAGCAUGCACUCCUGCAUCAUUUUUAUACACUUUUCCCUUCUUGUGGGACAAGUGGCAAAGACGUGCUUUUUAUUUCACAAUAAGACAGAGACUUUAUUAGGUGUGUUAUUACAUAGACUUACUUUAUUGUGCAUAGACAUAACUGCUCUCCUGUUACGGCACAAGCAGAGGAAGGCGCUCAAGGUAUCUUCACAUCUGUUUUUCUAGGAGCUGCAACAGACUACAGGUGAUUACGAUAAGGUAUGCCCCAGAUUAAUUCCCGACCUUGGUGGAUUGAAAUGUGCCACAAGUAAUGCUGGAAAAAAAUCAGCCCACAAUAUUUUGACGUUCGUUAUACGCAUUAGACACUAUUUACUUUAUCCAUGCUUUCUUUUUUUCCUUUUUUUGUGAGGUUCACUUGUACCCUGUUAGCCACUGCUGUGCGUGAGUUUUUGUCUGGUGGUACUUUCAUUGUUUCACUGAUCAUAAAAACGCUCGUCUGUACUGAAUGCUUCCACGCUCUUCCCGUCGCAAGGGCCGCCCUGAGGUGAUGUCGAUAUGGAAUAGAUGUGCCAUUUCAACCGAGCAAGCCCAUCAGUGGUGGGCAUGUGCAUCACAGGCAUGUUCUUGACGGCUGUCCACUGGGCAGGACAGCACUGCACACUCUACAUAUCUCACUUUGUUUGCGCAUACUUUGCCAUAUUGGUGCAUGUAGGCAUGUCAGCAUAAGUGGUUCCUCCAAGAUGGUCAAAGGGCAGCAAGUUGCCCCCUUUUGGGAAUCUUCCAUGCCCAACAUAUGUGAAGUACACUGCUGACAGAUGAAAGGUUCGCUUGGCAAAGUGCAUUGUCAUAACCUUGCCAGGCAAGCCUUUUCAUUUAAAUGAUCUUGCAAAUACUCAAAUUUAUUUUUCUUCAAUUUUAGACUUUGAAGAUAUGCUUUGACGCAGCUUUUAUGCCCAGCUCAGCAUAAGAAUGAAAGUGUGUUAUUACAAAUGACCCAGCAGCUGUUUGCUGACACAUAGUGGUUACAUUGUUUCGAAAGCUCGAAUGGGUCUUGUUUGUACACACAUUGAUAUAUAAAUAUAUAUAUAUAUAUAUAUAUAAAUAUAUACAUAGCAGAGCAAUCAUACAGUGGGCCAAGGACAUUGUUUCAGAGAAACAAAUGCCACUGUCUGCCAAACAAUGUUUCUCCCAUGAAGUACUGGAUUCCAGUGAAGACAUGUUUAUGUUUUGCGCGUAGAUAGGUUUACAAAUGUUCCCCUCUUCAGCCUUGUGAAAAAGUUGGUCAUCUGCAAAUAUGGUCUGCAACUAGAAGUGUCACUACUGUUGGAAGACUUCUCAUGCCAUGGAGUAUGUUUGUCAUAGUGCAGCUGUUACUGUAUGAAUGUCAUUUCCCAUGUUUCGUCGGCAAUCAGGAGUAUGUGCUCCACUCUUCAUUAGCCAAUUUUUACGUAAAGAGGUUGAUGCAUAUAAGCUGCUCCCUGUUUCUCUCUUCUAUAAAUGCUAAAUUUUAGAUCUGUAAUCUUUUUAGGCUGUAGGACACUUGUUUAUUUCCAUGCUUCGUUUAUUUUGUGCAAUAUUUCCUAAACUUAAGCUGGGUGAACAUGGUCCUUAUAUUUUCGUGCAGUUUUUUUUUAGCAGGAGACUUGUGCCAUGGUUCACCUCAAGGGCUGUACUGGCCUGUUUUUCAUGCUAAUGCCAUUUGCCUGGUUUAACUGUUUGGUGUUUAAAAUAUUGUGCCAGUUCUUUUGGUUUCUUUUCACUUGCAGCAAAUUUGUGUGAUGCAGUAGUUUUUCUUUCUUUUUUAAUUCCUCUUCUUUUCACAAGUGUAAAAGGGUUUCUUGUUCCACGUGAUAAAAUGCUCUGUUGAGAUAUUUUUCUUCCAAGUGCUGUCUGGUGACAGUGCAAAAACUGGAGCAGUGUUUCUUUCAGCACUUCAGCCAUUUGUAUUUGGUACAUUUCAUUGUAAUAAAUUCUAAUGUAUAUAUGAUAAAGCUACAAAACAAACAGA